AGUUAUCGAUCUAGUUGGCCUUGGCUUUAUGUUUAUGUUUUUUAUAGGUUAUAGGUGAUUGAGGUUAUAGUUAAAAGGUUUUAAUUUAUUUCUCGUAAAAAUUGGAUAGACGAUCUACAAUAGUUCAGUUUAAAUAUAGAAAAAUAGCAAAUAUUGAAUUUUUAGUGUAUGAUGUAAGAGAUUGCUCGGUGUUGGCUGUCAUAACAUUCAAUCAUGGGUCUUACAAAGCAGUAUCUCCGUUAUGUGCCCAGUGGAAAGUGCAAUAUCAUUAACAGUCCCGACUGUAAUUUGGUGUUUGUUCCUUUGAAAGCUAUUGAAGGAAGAUUUGUGGCUUCUGGCGCUAGUGAAGAUGUGAUCGUUUGGGAUCUUCGAUUGGGAGAAAAGGCAGUAGUAUUCCCUGGUGAAAAGCACGAAGUAUCAAAAUUGGCGGCCAGUCCCGACAAACAGUCUCUGGCUGUUGGCUACACAGACGGCUCAGUCAAGACAUUCAAUCUGGAAACAUGUGAAAAUGUCAGUAUCUUCAGCGGUCAUAAAACAGGGAUUACUUGUUUGAAAUAUGAUCUGAUGGGUCAUAGAUUGGCGUCUGGUGCAAAGGAUACAGAUAUUGUUAUCUGGGAUAUAGUGGCUGAUACUGGUCUGAAGCGCUUGUCUGGACAUAAAGGUCUCAUCACUUCGGUGGAAUUCCACCAAGACCAAAAUGUGCUUGUGUCGUCAUCCAAAGACUCCUUCAUUAAAUUGUGGGAUCUCAUUUCUGGACACUGCUUCAAAACCAUUGCUGGGCACAUAACUGAAGUUUGGGGUCUGAGCUUGAUGCGGGAGUCUGAUUACAUUGUUGCCGGAAGUUCUGAUAUGGAAUUGAGAGUUUGGGAAAUGAGCGAUGAUCCCAGUACAAAGCAGGAGGACAAAACACACACUCUUCUUGGCGAGAACGAACUGGAGGACAUUCCCUCUCCUCUACAUUGUUCGAAAGCUGGAUCAGUGCUGAGAUCAACGAGAGGUCGAGUACUAUUUAUGACAUCUGACAAUACAGGAUCAGUGUUGGCUGUCCAUGGACCCAAUGAUAGUGUGGAACUCUUUCAAUUCUUGUCGGACGCGCAAGCGAGGAUCAAAAUGAAAAAGCGGCUGAGAAAAGAGAAAAAAAAGGCGACCAAGGAUGAGGAAACAGCUGAAGAAACUCAAGUGGAUUACUCCAAUGAGAAACCAAUGCUCACUGACAUUGUUAGAAGGCUGCAGAUCAUCAAAGCUGGUGGAAAAAUCAAAAGUGUAGACAUGGUUGCUGGUCGUGGACAGGAACUCAGAGUAGCUGUUUCGCUGAGGAAUAACAGCAUUGAAUUGUACUCGAUCCAAAUGCAGCCGAAAACUGCGGCUGAGCCGGAGUGCUUGCGUCGAAUCGUCACUCAGGGACAUCGCUCCGAAGUCAGAUGUGUGGCAUUCAGUUCCGAUAACUUGGCGCUCGUUUCUGGCAGUGCCGAAACUUUGAAAAUGUGGAACAGGCCUUCACUUGCAUGCUUGCGAACAGUUGAGUCUGGUUAUGCAUUGUCUGUUUCAUUUGUGCCGGGAGAUCGGCAUGCUUUGGUUGGAACCAAACAAGGCAAUCUACAAAUUAUUGAUAUAGCCUCUGGAGAUCUUCUGGAAGAUAUACCAGCCCACACAUCUGAGCUCUGGACCAUUACUCUUCUGCCAGAUCAGACAGGUGUUGCUACUGGGGGCGGAGACUCGACUGUCAAGUUUUGGAAACUAGAGCUUGUACCUGAUUCGACAAACGAAUCAAAAGCCAAAGUUCUCUCCUUGCUGCACACUCGAACUUUGAAGGUGGACGAACCGGUGCUUUGUGUCAGAAUCUCUCCCAACUCAAAGCUGAUCGCUGUUGCUCUGCUUGAUUGCACUGUUAAAAUCUUCUUCCUAGAUACUUUCAAGUUUUUCCUGUCGUUGUAUGGCCAUAAACUGCCAGUGUUGUGCAUGGACAUUUCCUACGACUCAACCCUGAUCGCGACAGGAAGCAGCGAUCGUAACGUGAAAAUCUGGGGCCUUGAUUUCGGAGACUGUCACAAGUCGAUCUUCGCCCAUGACGACUCUGUAACAGGCCUGGCUUUUGUACCGCGCACACAUUACUUCUUCACUUGCGGCAAGGAUGGAUGUGUGAAGGAGUGGGAUGCUGACAAUUUCGAGAAAAUUCUUACUAUAAAGAGUCAUCAUGGCGAGGCAUAUGGUUUGGCGGUGUCGUCGAAUGGUCACUUUGUGGCAAGCUGCGGCCAGGACAGAGUGAUCCGGAUGUACGAGAAGACAGACGAGCCACUCGUGCUGGAGGACGAGAGAGAGGUCGAGCGAGAGGAAGAGGAGAAUGCCACUCUGGCCACCGGGCAGGAGACCACCGUGCCCGGGCAUGCCGACCUCAAUCUCGCCUCUCGAAAAACCGUCACUGCUGAGAAAUCGGCAGAGUUGUUGAUAGAGUGUCUGCAAGUGGGUGGAGAGUACAGAGUUGAACUGAAGAAGGCGCAGCAGUCAGGCAAAGCGGCGCCGCCUGUUCCCGCCAUCAUGGCCGCCUUUGGCGCAUCCACUCCCAACGAAUAUCUCCUCCAAGUUCUGCUCAGAAUCAGGACAAGCGAAUUGGAAGAGGUUUUGAUAUUUCUGCCUUUUACGAGUGUUUGUGAGCUGCUGCCUCUACUGGGCCCACUUCUGCAAACUCCGCAGGCUGAUAUUGUCUGCAGGAUCCUAGUAUUUCUCACUAGAGUUCAUCAUAAGUCGAUUGUAUCGAAUCAGGCCCUUUUGAAAGUUAUACAGAAGUUGCACGCUGUAUCAUCCGCCAAUAUUACGAAAAUGAAGGAUACGAUAGGCGUCAAUCUUCAUGGCCUGAUGUUCCUUCAAAGAGAAAUCGAGAUGAAGGAAGGCGUUCAAUUUUUCUGGGAUGCAACACAGAAACGGAAAGAGAAGCAGCGAAAAAAGCGGUUAAGGGAGAAAGCUGCCUGGAGAGCAGUUUUGACUCUGUAAAUGUGAGAAAAUCGAUAAUUGUUGGUAUGUUAACAUAUUACAAAUAAAUAUUUUAGAUAGAAUGA